CCACGGUAACCUCACCGCCGGCUUCAAGCCGAGCAAAAGACACGCACCCGCGACCGCGACCGCGACGAGCGAAGUGAGAGAGGGGAAGGCGAGGAGACCACUGCACCAGCACCACCACCACCGUGCCGCGAGCGAAGUGACGUCGCGUUCACUUCCCUCAUAAAAUCUCGCCCCCCACUCUCUCUCUACCCGAGCCCAGCAGUAAUUUUUUUUUGGGGAAGGUGAAGCGAGAGGAGCAGGAGGAGAGAAAGGGGAACGAGGCCGGCCGCGAAUCGGAGGGGAAUUCGGGGGGCGGGGCUCGGUCCGGCCGGAAAUUCGCGCGAUUCGGGCGCGGGUUAGCGGAAGGGGAGGGUGAGCGCGCGCGCGGAGGCGCCGCGGAUGUGAAGAUCUGGUGCUCGGCGGGAUGACUUCUUCGGCGGCGGCCGCGGCUGCUGCCGCCCAGGUGGCGGGAGGAGGUGGAGGCGGCGAGGGAGAUGCCGCCGCUGCGGCGCGAGGCGGAGGCGGAACGGAGGACGGCAUGUACACGGAGCUGUGGAACCUCUGCGCCGGCCCGCUGGUCACGGUGCCCAGGGUCGGGGACAAGGUGUACUACUUCCCGCAGGGCCAUAUCGAGCAGGUGGAGGCGUCGACCAACCAGGUGGCUGAGCAGCACAUGCAAUUUUACGAUCUCCCGUGGAAGAUCCUGUGUGAGGUCAUGAACGUUGAAUUGAAGGCUGAGCCAGACAAUGAUGAGGUUUAUGCCCAGCUCACUCUGCUACCUGAAUCAAAGCAGCCAGAGGAGAAUGGCUCUAGUGAGGAGAUGCCUGCUUCACCUCCUGCUGCACUUGCAAGGCCACGCGUGCACUCCUUCUGCAAGACAUUGACAGCCUCUGAUACCAGCACUCAUGGUGGAUUCUCGGUGCUGCGGCGCCAUGCAGAUGAGUGUCUUCCGCCACUGGAUAUGACCCGUCAACCUCCAACACAAGAGCUUGUAGCCAAGGACCUGCAUGGUGUGGAAUGGCGCUUUCGCCACAUAUUCAGAGGUCAACCACGAAGGCAUCUUUUGCAGAGUGGCUGGAGUGUUUUUGUUAGUGCCAAACGUCUUGUUGCUGGCGAUGCCUUCAUCUUUCUAAGAGGUGAUAGUGGGGAGCUUCGUGUAGGAGUCAGGCGUGCCAUGAGGCAGCAAGCAAAUGUUCCGUCUUCAGUAAUAUCAAGCCACAGCAUGCAUCUUGGUGUUCUUGCUACAGCAUGGCAUGCUGUUAACACUGGGACCAUGUUUACUGUCUACUACAAGCCUAGGACAAGUCCAGCUGAGUUUGUUGUUCCCUGUGAUCGCUAUAUGGAAUCACUGAAACGAAAUUACCCUAUAGGGAUGAGAUUUAAAAUGAGGUUUGAAGGUGAAGAGGCUCCAGAACAAAGGUUCACUGGGACCAUUGUUGGAAAUGUGGAUCCUGAUCAAGCUGGAUGGGCUGAAUCUAAAUGGCGUUACCUCAAGGUGAGGUGGGAUGAAGCUUCCUCCAUUCCACGUCCUGAAAGGGUUUCUCCCUGGCAAAUAGAACCUGCAGUCAGCCCUCCCCCUAUCAACCCACUUCCAGUGCACAGACCCAAGAGACCUCGCUCUAAUGCUGUAGCUUCUCUGCCCGAGUCUUCAGCUCCAACAAAAGAAGCUGCUCCAAAGGUCACAUUAGAGACUCAACAACAUGCCCUGCAAAGGCCCUUGCAGACCCAGGAUAAUGUGGCCCCGAAAAGUGUUUUUGGUGAUAACAGUGAAUUGGACUCUGCUCAUAAGUCCUCCCUGCGACCGUCAGGUUUUGAUCUGGACAAGAGCACCAUUGGCAUGCAGAGGAAGCUGGGUUCAGAUAUUUGGAUGCGAAUGAACAGACCUGAUGGUUACAGUGAAAUGUUAUCGGGAUAUCAACCACCUAAUGAAGGUGCACGGAAUUCGCAGGGUUUCUGUUCUUUACCUGAUCAGAUUGCCGCUGGACGUCCUAAUUUCUGGCACACUGUAAACGCUCAUUACCAAGACCAGCAAGGCAAUCACAAUCUGUUCCCUGGUUCAUGGUCCAUGAUGCCUUCAAGUACUGGCUUUGGGAUGAACAGACAGAGCUAUCCAAUGAUCCAGGAAGUCGGUGGGAUGUCUCAGAGUUGUACAAACACCAAGUUUGGGAAUGGAGUUUAUGCUGCACUACCUGGCCGAGGCAUUGAUCGAUACCCAUCUGGAUGGUUUGGGCACACGACACCCGGUGGUCGCGUGGACGAUGCCCAGCCACGCGUGAUUAAGCCUCAACCUUUGGUCCUUGCUCACGGCGAAGCUCUGAAAAUGAAGGGCAACUCGUGCAAGCUUUUUGGAAUCCAUCUCGACAGCCCAGCCAAAUCUGAACCUUUGAAGUCUCCGCCAAGCGUUGCCACACCGGCAGCUGAGAAGUGGAUGGCAGACGGAAUCGACGCAGACAAAAGCCCUGAGCCGCACAAGACGCCAAAGCAACUCGGUGCUACACAGGUGGAUCCUGUCCCAGAGAGAUGCCCACAAGCUUCAAGGGGCACACAGUGCAAAUCACAAGGCGGGUCGACUAGGAGCUGCAAGAAGGUCCACAAGCAAGGAAUGGCGCUGGGCAGGUCCGUGGACCUUACCAAGUUCAACGGCUACACGGAGCUGGUGGCGGAGCUGGACGAGAUGUUCGACUUCAACGGCGAGCUGAAAGGCUGUAGCAAGGAGUGGAUGGUCGUGUACACCGACUACGAAGGCGACAUGAUGCUGGUCGGGGACGACCCCUGGAAUGAGUUCUGCAGCAUGGUGCACAAGAUCUUCGUGUACACGAGGGAGGAGGUCCAGCGCAUGAACCCGGGCGCCCUGAACUCGAGGCCGGAGGACAGCGGCCUCGCCAAUUCGACGGAGAGGGGCUCCGCAUCUACUGCUGCUGCUAGAGAGGCACCCGGCUACCAGUCCGCCUCGUCGCUUAACUCCGACAACUGCUGAUGCCUUGGCAGCUAGCUGGUCGUCCCAAGUAGUAGAGAACAAGGCAAAUGUAUCCAUAGAUCUCCUUGUAGCGGAGCUUAAUGCCUUUUUUUCCCCUUUCUAAUAUGCAUUGGAUGAGCCCGUAGCGCACCGUAGUAGUAUCUAAAGCUGGUGUUCUGAGUUGGUUGGACCUUCCUGCAGUUUUGGUUUCUCCUUCUGAUGUGGCAAGUUUUAGCUGGUCGCACCUACCUAAUGUAUGCUUAGCAAACGAAGUCCCACUAAGCGCUGUACAUAACUGCCCCUCCCUGCAUCAACUCUAAUAUAUCAUCUGCUUAAUCGUCA